CGCGCGGCGAGUGUCGCGCUGCAGGCGUCCUUUGCGGCAGGCACUCUAGUCCCUAACGCCGGAUCCGGAGCGGCCUGCGAGGAGACAAGGACAUCUCGGCUGGAAGACCUUCCACUGCAGCCAUGCCUUUCUUGGAUGUGCAGAAAAGGAUGAACCUUGAUCUAGACCGCUCGAUGACAAUCCAGAGUGCUGCCCAGCCCUAUAGGAAUCCAGCUCGGUGCCAUUCCUUUGAAAAAGAAUGGAUCGAGUGUGCCCAUGGAAUCGGUAGUAUCCGGGCAAAGAAGGAAUGCAAGAUAGAGUAUGAUGAUUUUCAAGAAUGCUUGCUUCGUCAGAAAACGGUGAAACGCCUGUCUGCCAUCAUAAAGCAGCGGGAUAAGCUGAUGAAGGAAGGGAAGUACACACCUCCACCUCACCACUUGGGCCAGGAGGAGCCCCGGCCCUGAGCCAGGCAGCUGCUGGGGACUCCAGCCUCGUUCUUGUGUUCAUCCUUGUCCACUGGGAAGGGGUUUGUUGAAAGUUUCAUGAAAGUGUCCAGAAAUAAAGGAUUAUUCUAUCCUA